AUCCACUUUUCUUGCUCGCGCGACCACCACCUCGACAGUUCAACUGAACGAUAUACCUGAUGAGAACCCUGGUUACUCUCUAGAAGAGACUCGGCGUCAAUGGCUUUGCCGUUCUCUGCCAGUACUCCGACUCUCAUGUCCAAGUCUUCGCGACCAGGUCCUUCUCGAUCCAAAACAUCUUCACUCCAGCCCAUCGUUACAAUGACAUCGUCCAAUGAUGUCCAGCAUCUCCCUUCAUCACGAUCAACGUCUCUUUUGGGCAAGAAGAGGCCUAGAGAGUCCGAUGGAGAUGUCAAAACGACAUUCCGGAGGACCAAAUCAGUCGACACCAAUGUCUUCAUCAAGAAUAGAAGUGAUAAGGAUCGAGAUCGAGCAGCUUUCCAAAAGAGCUUGAUCGCCGUCUUCGUACCUAAUGCCUUGAAAGAGUCCCUGACGGGAACUAUGUCAAACUACAAUGAUCUCGUAUCACAUUUCCAGCUACCCUCAGCAUCUUCUUCGACAACGUCACAUCCUCUUCCACCCAUGUUACCCCUAUUACGAGGUCUUUCCGCCCAUGUCAAUCUGUUGACACCUGAUGUUCAUGGAGCGCUUGUAUCGGCCAUUCUGUCGCUUCCAUGGGCUACUGGGGAUGAAAAGUUUGUCAAGGCUUUCAUAGGCUUCUCUGGCGUCCUCGUCAGUUCUCAACCGGCAUGGGCGAAAGAAGUCGCCAACAUGGCCGUUAAAGGUCUUGCAUGGCAACCCGUCAUGACCCCUGCUGGGCCUGGGCCAAUGACGCGACGACUAUUUCACGCUCGAUAUCAUCUCCUUCUCUCCCAUCUCCUGUCUCUCAUGCCUACCCUUCCUACGGUUUUGCAACCGCUGUUGGUCCGACACUUUCCUCAUCGGCGGGAGCCAGAGGUGGCGCAGACGACUUGGGUCAGAAAUUCUUGCGAGCUCAUCGGAUACUGCCCAGAGGUCGGACAAAGAGUCUGGGGAGAGAUAGUGGAUCGAAUGCUGAGGAUUGAUCUAGAGAUCACCAACAUAUUGGAUGAAGUCGACGACGAUGACGAUGACGACGACGACGAUAACGAAGAAGAUGAUUUGAAUGGCGACGAGAAUGCUGUGAACAGCAUGUCUUUCUCAACGUCUCUCGACCCAUUCGACCUCCCUAUCUCACAGGAUGUGCAUCGGCCGGAGGACGAGAUCAGGGACGACUCAGAUGAUGAGAGCGAAGUGGACAUCGAGGAUAUGUCUUCUGUCGACGGAGAUAACUCGGAGGAAGACGAAAAGGCCAUCAACGAGGCCAAGAUCCAGGCUGAUCGUGAGAAGCGGAGGGCAGCGGUCAAGUCGAUGAGGCUGAAGUUGGACGGAAUGCUCUUUUACUUUUUCGAACAUUUGCUAGAAAGUAUGGGCAGCGGUCACGGAACGACAGCGGCAGAAAUGGCCGCUAAGAACCUCGAGUCCAAGAUCUCGAGCUCUGGCAUGUCAACGCCCACUACCGAGAAUCCCAAUCCCCUCGCCUCUGCUCUGGCAACACGUCGAGCUUCUCCUACGCCCGGUCAAUCUUUGGCUCAUUUUCAAACGCUGCUCACUCUGUUCACGCGACAGAUUUUGCCAACGUCUUCCACUCAACAUAUCCCUUUCCUCCUAUUCAUCACCUCUUCCCUUUCACUCUCCCACACCGAGCUCUUCCUUGGUCUUUUGGUCUCUCAAGCUCUCUACGCUACAUCCACGUCGCGACCUACUGCUGGAGCUCAGGCCGUUCCCAUGACGCUUCGGAUCGCCUCGGCAGUAUACAUCGGUUCAGUGGUCUGCCGAGCCAGAUUUGUCUCGGACGAACAAGCUCGACAAGUCAUGACGUAUCUCCUCGCCUACAUCGAUGGCAAGAUGCAUCAGACGAAGCCGGACGAACUUCAACUCUUUUACGCAGUCUGUCAAGCUGCCAUGUUGAUCUUUUGUUUCCGUUGGCGAGCGUUCCAGAAGGACGCCGUGGAGACGGAUGUCGCCAUUGUCGGCGAGCUGGAGAUUGAGGGAGAAAGCCUGGAAGGAGAUGGGAAGUGGAUGGCAGAUCUGGACAUCUUGCAGCGUGUCAUUACAUCGGAUCUCAAUCCGCUUUUAGGCUGCAAUUCGACGAUCGUUUCGACAUUUGCGCAAGUCGCUCAUCAGACCAAUUUUGCCUACUGUUUCUCCAUUAUGGAAGCGAAUCAGCAGUCAUCUUCGCGUCAAGUACCUUCAUCGUCGUCCCUUAACAACAUGGCUAAGCCUGGUCAUCCAAGCCGACAAUCAUCCAUGUCAUCAUCCAUCAGCUCUAUUCACCAGGCCAAAUCGGCUCGACAGGCAAAUAUUGAAGCUGGACUGGACUCGUAUUUCCCCUUCGACCCAUUCACUCUACCUAGAUCGAAACGGUUCAUCGAGCACUUGUAUCGAACGUGGAGUGAAGUGGCUAUCGAUGCAGACGAAUCGGACGAUGACGACGACGAUGAUGAUGAUGACGUCAAGAAUGCUUUGACGAGUGAAGCGGAUUCAGAGUCGGCCCUUGGGACUUUGCCAAGCUCGGUCGACAUGGUCGGUACAUCCAUGUCAUUCGGUGCGUCUCUGCCAAAGAGCAAGAGAAAGGGGAUGUUUGAUAGGGAUUAUGGUUUGAGUUCGAGCUUGGAGGGUAUGAGCAUCUCUCCCAAUAUCAGGAGGAGAUAGGGCUGGGUUGUAUGUACCAAUAAUUUUCGGUUGUCUGCUGUGGAGGCUCAUCAUCCCUGUUGUUCAUUAUACAUGCAUCUUGACAUGCGA